GGGCUGGGCCGCGGCCGCGACGGGGCCGGCGCCGGGCAGGGAGCGCGAUCGCCGCCGAGGCCGAGGCCGAGCACAGCGGGCGGCCGGCCUCUCCGCGCCGCCCUUCCCGGGGCGCCCCGGCCUCCGAGAGUUGCCCGCCGGGCGGGGCCGGCCGUGAUGCGCCGCGGGACCCGCGUCCUGGCCGCCGGCCGCCGCCGCCGCCGCCGCUGAGCCCCCGCCCCGCGCGCCGCAGCCAUGGAGAGCGGCCCACCUGCGGAGCCGCGUGCCGGCGCACCCCCAGCGGUGGCAGCCAGGACCCCCCCAGAGCCCAGACCUUCUCCAGAAGGGGACCCCUCCCCGCCGCCGCCACCACAACCUCCGAUGUCAGCCCUGGUCCCUGACACUCCCCCAGACACCCCUCCAGCCAUGAAGAAUGCCUCUAGUUCUAAGCAGCUCCGGCUGGAACCAGAGAGCCCCCCAAGGCCCGUUGGGCCUGGAUCAGCCUCCCAGCAGGAAGAGUCCCCUUUCUCAGAAGGGAAGAUCAGGGGACCCACCCCACCAGCCACAGGCCCACGGGACGCCAGGCCUCCCCGAAGGAGCAGCCAACCAGCCCCGACAGCGAUGCAAGCGUCCGACAGCCCUCCCACCAAGCAAGAUGUAAAGAAAGCAGGAGAGAGACACAAGCUGGCAAAGGAGCGGCGAGAAGAACGAGCCAAGUACCUGGCGGCCAAGAAAGCUGUGUGGCUGGAGAAGGAGGAGAAGGCCAAGGCGCUGCGGGAGAAGCAGCUGCAGGAGCGCCGGCGGCGGCUGGAGGAGCAGAGGCUUAAGGCCGAGCAGCGCCGGGCGGCCCUGGAGGAGCGGCAGCGGCAGAAGCUGGAGAAGAACAAGGAGCGCUAUGAAGCCGCCAUCCAGCGGUCAGUGAAGAAGACGUGGGCUGAAAUCCGGCAGCAGCGCUGGUCCUGGGCAGGAGCCCUGCACCAUGGCUCCCCCAGACGUAAGACCAGUGGGAGCAGGUGCUCCGUGUCGGCAGUAAACCUGCCUAAACACGUGGACUCUAUAAUCAACAAGCGGCUCUCAAAGUCCUCUGCCACGCUCUGGAACUCCCCCAGUAGAAAUCGCAGCCUGCAGCUGAGCGCGUGGGAGAGCAGCAUCGUGGACCGGCUGAUGACACCCACCCUCUCCUUCCUGGCACGGAGUCGUAGUGCGGUCACGCUGCCCCGCAACGGCCGGGACCAGGCCAUGCCCGUGUGCCCGCGCUCGGCCUCCGCCAGCCCCCUGACGCCGAGCAGCGCCCCCCGAAGCGCGCACCGCUGUGGCCCCGCCGUGGAGCGUGGGGAGCGCCGCAAGCCCAGCGCAGGGGGCAGCCCCGCCGUGGCCCGCCGCCGGCCCGAGGCCUCCCCGGUGCAGAAAAAGGAGAAAAAGGACAAGGAGCGGGAAAAUGAGAAGGAGAAGAGUGCCCUGGCCCGGGAGCGCAGCCUCAAGAAGCGCCAGUCACUGCCCGCCUCUCCACGCCCGCGCCUGUCUGUGGGCAACGCCGCCGAGCUCAGUCCCAAAGCCAAGGCCCGGCCAUCCUCUCCCUCCACGUCCUGGCACAGGCCUGCUUCUCCCUGCUCCAGCCCAGGGCCUGGCCACGCUCUACCCCCCAAACCGCCAUCUCCUCGGGGCACCACUGCGUCACCCAAGGGGCGGGUGCGGAGGAAGGAUGAGGCCAAGGAGAGCCUCAGUGCCCCAGGCACGGUGGACAAGAACCAGAGCAAGAGCAAGAGCAGCGAGGAGAAGGAGCCAGCAGCCCCGGCCUCGCCAGCACCCUCGCCCGUGCCCUCGCCCACGCCUGCUCAGCCCCAGAAGGAGCAGCCCACAGCCAUCCCCGCAGACACUGCGGUCCUGACCUCACCCCCAGCCCCUGCGCCCCCCACGACUCCCAGCAAGCCCAUGGCGGGCACCACCGACCGAGAGGAGGCCACUCGGCUCCUGGCCGAGAAGCGGCGCCAAGCCCGGGAGCAGCGCGAGCGCGAGGAGCAGGAGCGGAGGCUGCAAGCAGAGCGGGACAAGCGCUUGCGAGAGGAGCAGCUGGCACGGGAGGCCGAGGCUCGGGCUGAGAGGGAGGCAGAGGCCCGGCGGCGAGAGGAGCAGGAGGCCCGCGAGAAGGCGCAGGCGGAGCAGGAGGAGCAGGAGCGGCUGCAGAAGCAGAAAGAAGAGGCCGAAGCUCGGUCCCGGGAGGAAGCGGAGAGGCAGCGCCUGGAGCGGGAAAAGCACUUCCAGCGGGAGGAGCAGGAGCGGCAGGAGCGCAAAAAGCGCCUGGAGGAGAUCAUGAAGAGGACUCGCAAGUCAGAGGCUGCUGAAACCAAGAAGCUGGACAGAAAGGAGACAACGAAAGCCAACAACUUCGGCCCAGAUCCUGUGAAAGCCAGGGAGGUUCGGCCCUCGGGGCUACAGAAGGAGGCAGUGCAGAAAGAGGACCUGGCCGCCCAGGAGCCUCAGUGGAGCCUGCCCAGCAAGGAGCCGCCAGGGUCCCUGGUGAAUGGCCUGCAGCCUCUCCCUGCACACCAGGAGAAUGGCUUCUCCCCUAAGGGGCCCUCUGGGGACAAGAGUCUGGGCCGAACGCCAGAGGCACUCCUGCCCUUCGCAGAGGCAGAGGCCUUCCUCAAGAAAGCUGUGGUGCAACCCCCACAGGUCACAGAAGUCCUUUAAGGAGUGGCCUUGGAUCCAGGCGCAGCUAUGAGGGCUCCUCUGCAUCAUCCACCAGGAUGCCUGGAAGAAAAAGAGACGGAUCGAAGCCGGAAGUGGCCUGGGCCCCCGGGGGUGGGUCCUCUUGUUAUUUUUACUCUGCACCUUAUAGACUGACGUCUCUUGGGCCGGAGCCAGCCCCCGCCCCUCAGUGCAUUCGUGUGCUCACACGCGCGGCCACCCCGCUCCCCACACACACAUACACUCACAGCCUCUCUGGCCUCCUCCCUCGGGGGGGGGGGCGCCUGUAGUAUCUGCCUUGGUUUGGUGGGGUACAGUGGAUGUGAAUACUGUAAAUAGCUCGUGCUCAGACCCCUCUGCGUGGAGGGGGCGGGUGCAGGAGGCAGACCCUCCCGAGACUCCCUGGGGUGAUCUUCCUCUCUCUAUUUAACUGUAACUGAGGGGGCACCCAGGUCCAGGGGUGGGGGGCACCUUGGGCCACAGGAGACUGGUUGCUUUCGGGGUACCCACGCCCCCUGCCCUCGCCUAGAAUCAGUGUUACUGCGUCUGAUCAAAUGUCUCCAGAAAUAAAGUGAGGAUAACUCUG